AUGCAGAUAAUCUGCACUAUUUUUCCAUUUAAAAAAAAAAGCUCUCCAGCCCUGGCCCCAGACAUAGCAGCCGCCGAGAUAUUGAUACCCAAGAAGAACCGAACUGCCAUUUAUGAACUCCUUUUCAAGGGAGUGAUGGUGGCCAAGAAGGAUGUCCACAUGCCCAAACACCCUGAGCUGGCAGACAAGAAUGUGCCCAACCUUCACGUCAUAAAGGCCAUGCAGUCUCUCAAAUCACAAGGCUACAUAAAGCAACAGUUUACCUGGAGACAUUUCUACUGGUACCUUACCAACGAGGGCAUCCAGUAUCUCCGUGAUUACCUCCACCUGCCCCCCGAGACUGUGCCUGCCACUCUGCGCCACAGCCGCCCUGAGACUGGCCGACCACGGCCCAAAGGUCUGGAGGGAGAGCGACCUGCAAGACUCACACGAGGGGAAGCUGACAGAGACACCUACAGGGGAAGCGCUGUGCUCCCUGGUGCCAACAAGAAAGCUGAGGCCGGGGUGGGUCAGCAACUGAGUUCCAGUUUAGAGGCGGAUUUGGUCGUGGAUGUGGUCAGCCACCUCAGUAAAGUUGGAGAUGUUUUGUGUUGA